AUGGAUUACUAUGGGAAGUACGCAGCGGUCACUCUAGUCAUGUUGUCCGUAUUUCUGCAUAUUCUUCAUUCUUUUCCUGAUGGAGAGUUCCUCAUGCAGGGUUGUCCAGAAUGCAAGCUAGGGGAGAACAGGUUCUUCUCAAAGCCAGGAGCUCCCAUUUACCAGUGCACAGGAUGUUGUUUCUCCAGGGCUUAUCCCACUCCCAUGAGAUCAAAGAAGACAAUGCUGGUUCCAAAGAACAUUACAUCAGAGGCAACAUGCUGUGUAGCAAAAGCCUUUACAAAGAUUACCCUUAAGGACAACGUGAAGAUAGAGAACCACACAGACUGUCAUUGCAGUACCUGCUACUAUCAUAAAUCUUAA